AUGGCCUACCACAGUGUCGACCAGAACAGUGUGAUAUCCGACGACGGCGACGACUAUGAUGACUACAACACCACCUCCCAUUCCCACCACAACAUUGCGCAUACCUCCCCGACAAGUACCUUCCAUCGCCUCCGACCGCCCCAGGGCUCCGAGCUCGACCUCUCCAGACACACGGUAAACGAACGAUCCGGUCUGCUCGACAAUGCCACCGGGCCUGCACGAUCCUACAAGAGCCUCCCGGGGACCACUCCAGGCACCCCGAGACCGUACAUCCUCCGACAUCACAGUUCACGGAAACGCCACAGUCGGGCUGGGUCGUUCAGCCAUCACUUCAGCCAACGAUUGGUUUCCGCGCUGAGUGACCGCCGAGCGGCGCUGGAGAACAGUGUACACAGCGCAAAGGGCGCGUUUUGGAAGGACGACCGCGUCUGGUACGAUCAGUUCACGUCCACGGACUGGGUGCACGACAGCAUUGCCGACGCUUUUCGUGUUAAAGCAUUGCGGAGUCGAAAAGACAUUCGAGGCCGCUUAGCUGCCUGGUUCGACGGAGCACAGGGCUGGAUACUCGUCGCCAUCAUCGGCAUAUUGACUGCCUCACUGGCAUACCUUGUGAAUGUCACCGAAACAACCUUGUUCGACUGGAAGCAGGGCUAUUGCUCUAAGAAAUGGUACAUGAAUCGCAAGACCUGUUGCGACGGUGCAUCGAUAUGUGACGAAUGGAUACACUGGUCACGGAGGAUAAGAAUGGACAGACUGGAUACGACGGGGACACAAUUCGCAGCUUUCAUGCUGAGCAUGAUCGCCUUCGCCAUGGCUUCUUCGCUCUUGACCCUGGCGAGCAAGACAGUCAUCCCAUCCACCAUCUCUCUCUCCACCUUGGACGAGAAUCUUGGUGCCGAUUUCCUCCAUCCCGAUCGAGACGAGCAGGGUCGAAAGAGGAGUCUGAGCCCGCAGGCCAGAUUCGACGAGUCGGCGUCACGCCCGCCCAUGGUCUAUUACUCCGCAGCAGGUAGUGGCGUCGCCGAGGUUAAAGUCAUUCUCAGCGGUUUCGUGUUGCACGGUUAUCUUGGAGUGCGAACCAUCGUCAUCAAAACGCUUGGACUUAUCUUGAGUGUGGCAUCCGGCCUCAGUCUAGGCAAAGAAGGACCCUAUGUGCACAUUGCCGCUUGUAUCGGCAACAUUUGUUGUCGUCUCUUUUCCAAGUAUAGUAACAACGACGGGAAGAGGCGAGAGGUAUUGAGUGCUAGUGCUGCCAGCGGUGUUGCUGUCGCUUUCGGUGCCCCCAUCGGCGGAGUGCUCUUCAGCUUGGAAGAAGUUAGCUACUACUUUCCCCCGAAGACCCUGUUCAGGACCUUCUUUUGCUGCAUUGCGGCUGCUCUGACGUUGAAAUUCUUGAACCCAUACGGCACCGGCAAGAUUGUGCUCUUCGAGGUCCGCUACCUCACAGAUUGGAAGGCAUUUGAGCUCCUUGCAUUUCUUUUCACGGGUGUUUUGGGCGGCGUUCUUGGUGCUCUUUUCAUCAAAGCAUCACGCAUCUGGGCUAGAACGUUCCGACGCAUAUCGGUCAUCAAGCAGUAUCCGCUCCUCGAGGUGUUCCUGGUCGCUCUCGUCACAGCCUGCUUGAGUUUCUGGAACAGAUACACCAAGCUCCCGGUCACCGAGUUGCUCUUCGAAUUGGCCAGUCCAUGCGACACCUUCACAGACAGUGGAGACGGGUUGUGCCCUACUAGGGAGCACAUCCCUGGCGUUUUGGCGACGUUGGCCAUUGCUUUUGUCAUCAAAGCGUUGCUCACUAUCAUUACAUUCGGCAUAAAGGUGCCCGCUGGUAUCUAUGUCCCUUCCAUGGUUGUCGGCGGCCUGGCUGGACGCUUCGUCGGCCAUUCCGUUCAGCUCUUCGCUCUCCAUUUUGCCGAUUCCGGAGUGUUCGGGCACUGCGAUCCCACAGGUCCUCCCGGUUCGUGCGUCGUGCCCGGCGUCUACGCCAUGGUCGCAGCCGGCGCAACAAUGACAGGCGUCACACGCCUGACCGUCACGCUCGCAGUCAUCCUCUUCGAACUCACCGGCAGCCUCGACCACGUCCUCCCGUUCUCCCUGGGCAUCCUCGUCGCGAAAUGGACUGCCGACGCCAUCGAACCCCUCAGCAUCUACGACCUCCUCACAGACAUGAACUCGUACCCCUUCCUCGACAACAAAGUCCGGCCUAUCUUCACGAGCGAACUGGGCGAUAUCACGGGCCGCGUCCGGCCCGAACGCAUCAUCGACAUCACGGACGCGCCCCUCGUGCCCGCCCACGAACUCCGCGCAAAGCAGCAAUACCUCCACGUCUCGGGCGAGAUCGACGGCGGCCUCCCGAUCGUCCGGCACGGCGUCCUCGUCGGCCUGAUCCCCGCGCCGGACCUCGAGUUCGCGCUCGACAAGCUCGAGAACGAAGAGAACUCGCUAUGUCUCAUGUCCACGGACGUCGGCUGGGCCGCUGGCCGCGACAACGUCAUCAACAGCGGCGGGCAAAUGGGCGGCAGCGACGACGAAUCCGCCGACCCGACAGACUUCACGCCGUACAUCGACCCCGCGCCCGUCGCCCUCGACGUCCACUCGCCCAUGGACUUGGUCUACGAGUGCUUCGUCAAGCUAGGCCUGCGAUACAUCUGCGUCGUCAGGGACGGACGAUACGCUGGAUUGAUCCACAAAAAAGCAUUCGUGAAAUACAUGAAAGAGCUCGAAGAGUCGAGCGACGUCGAGACCAAAUAG